AUGUCGCGGAAUCACUCAGUCAUGAGGGAGAUCUUGGAGAACGAAAUAAUACCAAAAUUAGCCGCUGGGGAAGACAUUGCAUAUCAUGCGCUCAGCUACGGAUGGCUGCUGGAUCAAAGUGUAAGACAUACAGAAGAGAAGCACCGAGGGAUUGGGCCAUUUCUCAGAGAAGAAAUCUCAGAGCCUAGUGGAGUCGAUUUCCACAUAGAUCCAAACCAUUCCGAGGAGUAUCGAGUUGCUCGGAUCACUCUACCGACAAUCGCUCAAAUGAUUGCAGAAACUUGGCAUAACCCUAUAGUUGCCGGGAUAGCACGUAACUUUCACUAUGCAGACAAGAACAGCCUGUGGUCAAAGGCGAUGCAAAGUACGCCUUGGUUUGACGUUACAGACAAAUGCACCGUAAAUAGCCCUGAACUGCACGCGAUGGACCAAGCGGCUGCAACUGGAAUCGGAAACGCCCAAUUCCUUCAGUUUGGUCAGUCUGGUCAGUUCGUUCAAUAG